CACUUGUAUUGACGCAUGUCUGACCUAACCUAUACCUAACCUAACAUCGUUAUUUAACACUCGUGCUGCGUGUCAGACACGCGUCCGGCGAGCAAAUAGGCGAUUUUAUUUUUCUAAAAGAGCUCAAGACUGACAUUCAAUUUUGGUGAAUAUGGGCGAAGCGAAAGAAGAGAAACCGCCUCGCGAGUACGAGUGGAUGGUGAGACCCUGUAUGGUGUACAAGGACGAGCAUGACGAGUGCACAAGUAUCAGAGGUCGUUUUCAUCAGUACUUCAUUUUCGGCGAGAUGAUCGACUGCGAUCAAUGGAAGACCGAUUAUCACAACUGCUAUCAAUGGCAAAAGUACAAAUCGGAAGAGGCAUAUGACGAGUUGAUCAGGAGCGAGAAGGAACGCAGAGCGAAACGAUUGCACGCGCAUUAUCAGAACAACGUCUGGGAGAAGAGGGAGAAGCCGCCAGAGAACUGGAACAUCCCUCUGCCCGAAUGGAUGCAAAAGGAGUUCGAGAACUCGUAUCUGCACAUACGAAGCCAGGAAAUGAAACAGGGCGCAGAGGUAUCCUCCCUUGACACGAGAUGCACUAUAUUAUAACAGCGGAUCUCCUAUUAGGAUUAGGUGUAGUCCGUGUACAUAUACGUAUUUAUUAUUUAAGCCGAGUCACAUGUGUACAAUGAUAUAUGUAUGCAAACAAUAAUAAUAUUAAGUGAAACAAGAUUUUAGAUAUACAUAAUCAAUUAGAGAGAAAAAAAACUGCUGUUUACGAUCAGGACUGAAUCUCGGUAGUCUGAUAAUAAUGUUGUAUGAAUUUUAUAAUUCUUUAGAGUGAUUUAAUAAGGAUACUUAUUAGCAUAAGAAUUUAAAUUCGAUCAUCGAUUCAAGUAUAUAGACUUACUGUUCCAACUAGGAACUAUAUUUUAACGACAAAAAAUCGGCGCGCAGUUUAUUUAGAGAGAGUUUGGAAAAAGUGAACAAAAUUGUUACAAUAUUAUCGGACUAUCAAGAGUUCUGAUCGUAAAUGGCGUUUUUUUCUCUAAUUGUAUGCAUGUAAAGUUUUACAGCCUGUGAGUAAAUUCGAAAGCCUGACAUAACAUCAGAUAUCUUAUCGCAAAGUGCGACGAACGGCUCGAAACGGUCGAUUGCAAAAGCACCGACAGAUGCUGAAAGCAUCUGUUUCCACCCCCCCCCCUUAUCAAUUUAAUUACGUAUACUAUUGUUGGCUUUAAUUUGAGAACGCGUUUCAAUCGACAUCAUUCGGCGCGCAGUUUGCUGAACUGAAAAAUACGUAUGCAAAAAUAUUAUUAAACACA